AUGAACGUGGUGGGGUCGGUGGGGAUCAUCAUGGUGAACAAGCAAGUCAUGUCCGGAUACGGCUUUGUAUUCGUCAGCACACUGACGGGGAUGCACUUCGCGCUCACAGCCCUAACGGGGGUCGCAUCAGCGUGCGCGGGGCUGGUCCCCAAGCAGCUCAGCGUGCCCCUCCCCGUGCUGCUGGGCUUCGCUCUGCUCGGCAACGCCAGCCUCGUCGCCACCAACCUCUCGCUCCUCCUCAACUCCGUCGGAUUCUACCAGAUCUCCAAGGUCAGCAUCAUCCCGACCGUCUGUUUCUUCGAGGCUGUCUUCAAGGGGCGAUCGUUCACCCCGCGGGUGAAAGCAGCCGUCGCAGUGGUCAUGCUGGGCGUCGCCCUCUGCACUGUCUCGGAAAUCCAUGUCAACCCGCUGGGACUAGCUGUGGCUGCUUUUGCUGUGCUCUGCUCGGCCAUGCACAUGAUGCUGAUUGCCCUACGCCAUUGUCUUCAUAACUCUCUCCUGCUGCCUAGCAGUGGUCUGCAAUCUCAGCGCCUACCUCUGCAUCGGGAAAUUCUCCGCCUCGACUUACCAGGUGUUAGGCCACAUGAAGACCGUGCUAGUGCUCGUGCUGGGAGUGGUGCUAUUCGACUCUGCCAUCUCCCUUAA